AUGAGCAAUGAACUAAAAGAAGUGCUAAGUGCUAGAAAUGCUGUUCUAUUUUGUGAGGAAGAACUUAGUCCAGUUUUUUGUAAACCGAAACUCAUUCCACUGAAAUCUGUAACUCUCGAGAAACUGGAGAGGAUGCAAAAUGAAGCAAUGGAAAUAAUGAAAAGAAUGGAGGAGAAUAGCAAUGAAACAAUAACUAAGGAAAAAACGGAAUACAUUUCAAGUAAGUCUGAAGGAAAAAGUACUGCUGAUAUUUGGACUGCUGAAGGAAAUCAGGAAAUAACAACAGACUAA